AUCGAGAGGGAGGGCCAGAGAGUCAUGGCGGGACCACAACUCUGUCCUGCUGCGAAGCUGGCUACGGUAUUCCUUAGGGUUUAAGGGCUCUCCAGAAAACAAGGUUUGGAUGCCUCAGGGCCUGUAGGGCUCCGUGGGUCUUGUUCAAGAUGCCCCUCUCAGACUUUAUUCUGACCCUGAAGGACAAUCCCUACUUUGGGGCUGGAUUUGGGCUGGUGGGUGUUGGCACAGCCCUUGCGCUGGCUCGGAAGGGUGCCCAGAUGGGCAUGGUGGCCUUCCGGCGCCAUUACAUGAUCACCCUGGAAGUCCCUGCUCGAGACAGGAGCUACGGUUGGUUGCUGAGCUGGCUCACCCGCCACAGCACGCGAGCACAGCACCUCAGUGUCGAGACUUCGUACCUUCAGCACGAGAGUGGCCGCAUCUCCACCAAGUUUGAGUUUGUGCCCAGCCCUGGGAACCACUUCAUCUGGUAUCAGGGGAAAUGGAUCCGGGUGGAGCGCAGCCGGGAGAUGCAGAUGAUCGACCUACAGACAGGGACUCCUUGGGAAUCCGUUACCUUCACGGCCCUGGGCACUGAUCGCAAGGUUUUCUUCAGUAUCCUGGAGGAAGCUCGAGAGCUAGCCUUGCAGCAGGAGGAGGGGAAGACAGUGAUGUACACAGCAGUGGGCUCCGAAUGGCGCCCCUUUGGCUAUCCACGCCGCCGGCGCCCCCUGACUUCUGUGGUUCUGCAGCAGGGUCUGGCAGACCGAAUUGUCAAGGACGUUCGGGAAUUCAUCGAUAACCCCAAGUGGUACACUGACAGAGGCAUUCCUUAUAGACGUGGCUACCUGCUGUACGGCCCCCCUGGCUGUGGAAAGAGCAGUUUUAUCACAGCCCUGGCCGGGGAGCUGGAGCACAGCAUCUGCCUGCUGAGCCUCACUGACUCCAGCCUCUCAGAUGACAGGCUCAACCACCUGCUGAGCGUGGCCCCGCAGCAGAGCCUGGUGCUCCUGGAGGACGUGGAUGCUGCUUUCCUCAGUCGAGACUUGGCCAUGGAGAACCCAGUCAAGUACCAAGGUCUAGGCCGCCUCACCUUCAGUGGUCUCCUCAAUGCCUUGGAUGGCGUAGCUUCCACUGAGGCCCGCAUUGUGUUCAUGACCACCAACCAUGUCGACAGGCUGGACCCUGCCCUGGUCCGUCCUGGGCGAGUGGACCUCAAGGAGUAUGUAGGCUACUGCUCACACUGGCAGCUGACCCAGAUGUUCCAGAGGUUCUACCCAGGGCAGGCACCUUCCAUGGCCGACACCUUUGCAGAACGUGUCCUUAAAACUACAACCCAGCUCAGUCCAGCCCAGGUGCAGGGCUACUUCAUGCUGUAUAAGAAUGACCCCGAGGAGGCACUCCACAACACUGAGACCUUGAAGAGGUGACCAGACUUCUGGGUAGCUCUCUCAUCUAGGGAACCAAUAAACACCUGCCAUGCUU